AUGGUACGGCUGGAGCCCUUGUUGCUGCUUCAUGCUGCCGACGUGCUAGCAGCAAGCUCCUCGGGGCUCUCAUCUCUGGGGACGUUCGAGAAUCCUUCCGUCCGGUCUCGGCCUCGUUUUCGAUAUUGGCUCCCGGAUGCGGGAGUUGACAAGGAGAUAGUUUCGACCAACAUCAAAGACAGUGGGGCGCGAGGCGCGGGAGGGGUCGAAUUUGUCCCAUUCUACAACUACGGUGGUGAAGCUGGGGACCCGCCACCCCAGGCCGACUGGGUCACCAAUGGGUUUGGGACACCAGCCUUUCGGGGCGUGUUUCGGGCUGCUCUCCAAGCACACAAAGAUGCGGGCUUAUUGAUGGAUUUCGCUCUGGGGCCGAAUCAGGGCCAGGGUGUCCCGGCUUCUAGUGAUGAUCCUGGGUUGCAAUGGGAUCUGGUUCCAUAUUCCGUUCCAAUCAGCUCCAAUGAAACCUUCCAAGGCCCGAUUCCUGGCUGGGGAACCGGAGAACUGGUCGCCGUGGUAUCGGCGCGCGUUCUUUCACAGACUAAUAUUUCACUGCCGGAGAUCGACUCGCCUUUUCUCACGGCCCAGAGUGGCUAUCUCAGUUUAGUGCUUGAGCACGAGAGCCUGACUGACAUUACGGACCAAGUUUCUGAGGAUGGUCAGCUUUCAAUACGCUUUCCCACGUAUAGCAACGGUUUCGGCCACCGGAUUUUCGCCUACUACAAGAAGCGGACUUUGAACAGGAAUCUGCACUUCACGAAUAAUGCUACGGCGACGAUCUGGGAUAACGGCUCGUUUGCUGUGGAUCACUACAGCUCACGCGGUGCUCAGACGGUCAUUGAUUUCUGGGAGAAUCAUAUUCUGAUCGAUGGUAUAAAGGAGUUGCUGAUGGAAGUAGGGCAUUAUGAUGCUCCUGAAUGUGAGAGCCUUCAGUUUGGCGAUAGUGUCGAUGCCUACCGCCAGUUUUCGGGACCAGCGUUACUUGCUGGUAAAAGUGUUAUCUCAAACGAGAUGGGUGCCACCAUGGCUGCUUACGGUUAUCCCUUUCGAAGUCUUUUAUUCUCCGUUGGUCGUGCUAUUGUAGGGGGCGUGAACCAGCUGGUUCUGCACGGGCAGAGUUAUACUGGAGAUUACUACGAGACAACCUGGCCAGGCUACACGGCCUUCUCGUACUCAACCUCCGAGCUUUAUUCCAACAAGCAGCCCUCGUGGGAUCACGGCCUGUCGGAUGUUCUGAACUUUUUUGCCAGAGUCCAGUAUACCCAACGACAGGGUAUCCCAAGAGUGGACGUGGCCAUUUAUAAUAAAGUUUCAGCCACCGACGCUGCCGCAUUUCCCUCUAUGUAUCAAGCGGACGACUUGGUUGAUGAAGGUUGGUCGUGGGCAUAUCUUUCCCCGGAUAACUUCGCCCUCCCAGGGGCUACAGUGGAGAACAGUACUUUGGGUCCCGAUGGACCACGGUUCAAGGCUCUGGUCGUAGAAAGUGACAGUAAUAUGACACUUUCAGGGCUAGACAAUAUCCGGGAAUAUGCGACUCAAGGACUACCGAUUAUACUCAGCGGAGGGUUGCCAGGCAUCUUUCCUUCCGCCAAUGCAAGUGAAAGCGCCGCCAUUGAAGCAGGCCUAACACAUUUAUCAACCUCCGCCAAUGUGCAUCUCGUUCGUCGUGGUGGUGUUGCUGAAAAAUUAUCUGCCCUUGGACUAUCGCCUCAUAUCCAAGUUCAAACCGACGGGAAGUGGUUAACAACCUGGAGAGAAGACUCCUCGAGCGGGAUCGACUAUGCCCUGAUUUUCUGCGAUUCCAAUACUUCCUCCGGAUAUAUUACAGUCACUGGCUCUGCGAAGGAUAAGGUCCCCCUCUACCUCAACGCGUGGACGGGUGCUAGGUCCCCCGUUUUCACGUACAAUGUGACGGAUCAUGCCUUGACCCUGCCAGUAUCGCUCCAAGGCAACCAGACAAUGAUCAUCGCAUUUUCUCCACGGGGGCUGAAUGAAUCCGGAGAGCCAAAGACCCAUGCUAUCGAGACUCCUCCUUCGGUGAUCGGUGCAACUUAUGACCAAAGGGAUGGCUGGGUCGCCCAUGUCGCCAACCAGGGUUCUGACACCACGCAUGAAAGAAUCCAUCUAUCCAGCGACAGAUACAUCGAGCUCCCUCAACACCAGCGAACAGCGAGCCCCUUUAAUCUGACCAAUUGGCAACUCGUUGCCGAGCAUUGGGAAGCCCCAACGAAUCUCAGUGAUGCUAAGACCAUUGCCCGGAAGCAUAACACGACCCAUGAAUUGACGACACUGGUGUCAUGGAGCCAGAUCCCUAUCCUCCGAAACGCAUCGGGGCUGGGUUACUAUAGCACCACUUUCCAGUGGCCACCUACCACGCACCGUCGGGAUAACGGAACCGCGGAUGGCGCUUACAUCGUCUUCCCAUCAAUCCUACAUGCCAUUCAGCUCUCCAUUAAUGGACACAGGGUCCCGCCGUUAGACUACACCGACGCCAAGGCGGAUAUCAGCCAGUAUCUGAAAGCGGGCACAAAUGAAGUCCUAGCGGUCGUUCCAACCACCAUGUGGAACUAUAUUCGAAGUAUACUGCCAGAGAUACGUGACCAAGGCCAUCUCCCAGGCCUACUUGUCGAGGGAUUGCCCGUACCGGGUAUUUCGGAAAACGGCCUGGUGGAAGAAGUUAGUGUUAUUCCAUAUUCGAAACUGGUGAUCCGUUAA